CUUCUCUAUCUUCUUUUCUUUUUCUUUCUUUUUUUCUCGUUAAAACAAUAUGGCAGGACUUAUUCAGUGGUUAAUAGAUUGGCUAAGAAGUUUAUUUUUUAAGACCGAAAUGGAGUUAACUCUUGUUGGACUUCAAAACAGUGGAAAGACAACGCUUGUAAACGUUAUAGCAUCAGGACAGUUUAUCGAAGACGCCAUACCCACAGUUGGGUUCAAUAUGCGUAAAGUGACCAAAGGUAACGUUACAAUGAAACUAUGGGAUAUUGGAGGACAACCUCGAUUCAGAAGUAUGUGGGAAAGAUACUGUCGUGGAGUGAACGCCAUAGUAUUUGUGGUUGAUGCAGCAGAUCGUGACAAACUAGAAGCUGCCAAUACAGAAUUGAAGAAUUUAUUAGAGAAACCACAACUGGCUAAUAUUCCUGUACUUGUCCUUGGAAAUAAAAAUGAUUUAUCAGAGGCCUUAACGGCCGAAGAACUGAUUGAAGCAUUACACUUAAAGACUAUCAAGAAUAGAGAAGUAUCAUGCUAUUCUAUUUCAGCAAAAAAUCAAGUGAAUAUUGAUAUUACAUUACAAUGGCUUAUUAAAGCAGGCAAAGGACAGAAAUAACCUAUACUACUACUAUUAUUAUCACUAUUUAACCUUUAUAUACCAUUUUAUACAUCUUAUUGUUGUUAUUAUUAUUAUCCCCCUCCUUCUUAUCAUUCCUUUUUUUUAUACACACAUAAAAACGCCC